GUGGUCCAUCGUUACAGUUACAGUGGCCACUCCACGUUUAUGUAUGUUCAUAGAGGUAGGUAAACCGGUUCGGAUCGGGUACCGUUUGCGGAUCCAUUUUUAAGACCUGCCGCCUUCAGCGCCAAGAGGCAGAGACGUCGCCGCUGCAGACUCCGUUGCCGGUGCAAACACGCGGUGGCGCCUCAGCGAAGAAGAUCAACUGUUUGAAAAAAAAUAUUUUACCUAUUAUUAUUUGAACCCGUGAAGCGCUACUAUCUGACAGCUUUGGCUAGAAAAACAUCCUUUUAUUUCGUGGGUUGGGACUUAUCCGUCAGUUUAAAAGCGGACCUUAAACGGGUCGGAUCGUCCGCAUAACCAGACUUUGUACUGAUGAAUUGACGAAAGAGAAAAGGUAAGGAGGGUGUGAUUAUUUGGCAUAUUCGAAUUACGCAAGCAAAGAAGUUCGCUAAAACCCUUCAACGCAAAUGGCUUCUUCUAUCAGUCUCUCCACUCCUUUCUACCGCCCUAGCGUAUGCAAACAAUUGAAAUUGUUUACUGGGUUGCACAAGUUCUCUCUCAAUGGACAUGGGUCGGAUUUGGCCUUUGUCCAACUCAACUCCAGUGUCUCCAGUGCUACUUGUAGAAUUAAAGCUACAUUGACCUCUGGACAAGGAGUCUUGGGAUCUUAUCCCAAAAGCAAUGGUGUGGGAACUGAGGGGCAACGUGAUGUUGUGGCAUUUGGAACUCCGGGAAUUGACACAGCAGUGCCAGCAGGCAGUGGUUUUUCUGAUGAUGAUGACGAGUAUGACUUCGACACUCCAACAGAAGGUUUUGCUUCCAUUCCGGAGGCCAUUGAAGACGUUAGGAAUGGAAAGAUGGUUUUGGUUGUAGAUGACGAAGAUAGGGAAAAUGAAGGAGACGUGAUAAUGGCUGCGGAGUUGGUUACACCUGAGGCCAUGGCUUUUUUUGUGAAGCAUGGAACUGGAAUAGUUUGUAUAAGCAUGACGGAGGAAGAUUUGGAGAGAUUGGAACUUCCUUUGAUGGUAAACAGUCAGUAUAAUGAUGAGAAACUUCGCACAGCGUUCACUGUAACAGUGGAUGCUAAACAUGGUACUACCACAGGGGUGUCAGCUCGUGAUAGGGCUACGACAGUCUUGGCCCUUGCAUCCAAAGAUUCCAAACCACGUGAUUUCAACCGCCCAGGCCAUAUUUUCCCACUAAUGUACAGGGAGGGUGGUGUGCUGAAGAGAGCUGGACAUACAGAAGCUUCAGUUGAUCUUGCCAUACUAGCUGGUCUGAAUCCUGCAGCAGUUCUGUGUGAGAUUGUGGAUGAUGAUGGUUCAAUGGCUAGAUUACCUAAGCUUCGCCAGUUUGCAGAGCGUGAAAAUUUAAAAAUUGUAUCUAUUGCUGACUUGAUAAGGUAUAGAAGGAAGAGAGAUAAACUGAUAGAGCCUGCUGGUUCUGCAGUAAUACCAACAAUGUGGGGGCCAUUUACAGCUAACUGCUAUAGGUCGCUUUUAGAUGGCAUUGAGCAUAUUACAAUGGUUAAGGGUGACAUUGGUGAUGGGCAUGAUGUACUUGUGAGGGUACACUCAGAGUGUCUCACAGGAGACAUAUUUGGAUCUGCAAGAUGUGACUGUGGAAAUCAGCUUUCUCUUGCAAUGCAGCAGAUUGAAACUGCUGGUAGAGGUGUAUUGGUCUAUCUUCGUGGACAUGAAGGAAGGGGCAUUGGUUUGGGCCACAAACUUCGUGCCUAUAACCUACAGGAUGAUGGACGGGACACUGUAGAGGCUAAUGAGGAGUUGGGAUUGCCUGUUGACUCAAGGGAGUAUGGAAUUGGUGCACAGAUUUUGAGAGACUUGGGUGUUCGUUCUAUGAACCUAAUGACAAAUAAUCCAGCAAAGUAUGUGGGGCUCAAAGGUUAUGGAUUGACAAUUUCCGGUAGGAUUCCGUUGUUAUCACUUAUCACAAAAGAGAACAAGAAAUACUUAGAGACCAAACGUGUGAAAUUGGGUCACGUAUAUGGCUCAGAAUUUAACAGCAGAUUGAACUAUCCAGACAGUGGCAAUGGUAAAGCCGGCAGUGGUGAUGAUUCUAAUGCUGCUCCUGGCCUAUAAAACCUGCUUUUUCUGCCAGAUACACAAUUUUAUGUCACAAUCAACAAAAAGAGUGGUUUUCCAUACGGUUCAUGUUUUAAUUUUUCUGAUUCAUUUGCCUGAUUUUUCUUGUGGCAGGCUACAAAUUAGGCUUCGUCAAACAUUUGUCACUCUUAAACUUUAUUAAGGGCCAUGUAAUGUAUAUCGUAGUCUCGUAGAUGAUAUAUCAGGCAUUGUCUAGACAAAUUUGAGGUUCACUUUCUUGCUUUCUUUUGUGUUCAUGAUAUAUAUAAAGGUGUGCUCUUUUGUGUA